UCUGUUGUAUUUCAUUCCUGGGAGAUCUUCAUUCCGGGGCUGCACGCUUGCUUGUGGCCGCAGAUCAUCAUUUAUUUUAAUAGGAGGCUUUUUCUUGCUAAAUUUUCCUAGAUAGUUUAGCCUGCCGCCUCGCACACAGCCCCAUCCCGCUUGUCCCGGAGACCCGCAAGAGUCCGACGGCGGGCUGAGGGGAAUGGUGGAGACGAGGCGUGGAGGAGAGCUCCCGACCUGAGACAAGGCAGAUGCCAGCACUGGAGGCUGCAGCCCACUGACGUGAGGGACACUACCUACUCCCCGUGCGAAGCCGUCCCGGAAGUCGGUGGCGAAUGGUCCGCUCCCUCCUCUAGCUGCACCGUUUGUUCAGUGUUCCCCCUCUCUCACCCCCUCCCCUUUUCUCUGAGUCUCUCUACUUCCCCCCGCUGCUAGGAUGCUGAAGGCUGUGGCGUGAAUGAGAUGGCAGCCGGCCGGCUCUUGCUUUACGCCGGCCUCUCCAUGGCCCUCUGCGCCCUGGGUAUGCUGGCCGUGGCCAUCUGCUCCGACCACUGGUACCAGACGGACGCCAGGAGGCACCGGGAGAGGUGCAAGAAUUACGCCAGCCGCACCAACCACCCGGGCUUCAUCUACACCUCCAACAACCUGCCCCUCCGCGCCAGCCGCCGCCGGCUCGACCGCUGGGAGGAGAAGCUGCUCGGCGCCCGCAACCGGCGGCAGCUCUUCGCCAUGAGCGCGGCGGAUGAGUGCAGCAGGAUGUACAACUCUACCAACACCGGCCUGUGGAGGAGGUGCCACCGGCUCGGCUUCGACCAGGAUAUCGCCGAACUCAUCGCCAAAGGUGAAAUAGACAGGUGUACGCCAAUCAAGUAUCACUACUCCUCAGCAAUCCUUCCGAAAAACCUUUCAUACAACAUCACAAAAACCAUCCGGCAAGACGAGUGGCACUCCCUGCAUCUCCGCCGGAUGACAGCUGGAUUUAUGGGAAUGGCAGUUGCUAUCAUCCUUUUUGGCUGGAUUAUCGGGAUCCUUGGCUGCUGUUGGGAUCGGGGACUGAUGCAGUAUGUGGCUGGCUUACUGUUCCUCAUGGGAGGGACAUUUUGCAUCAUUUCACUGUGCACGUGCGUCGCUGGAAUUAACUUUGAACUCUCCCGCUACCCCAGAUACCUGUACGGCCUGCCCGACGACAUCAGCCACGGCUACGGCUGGUCCAUGUUCUGCGCCUGGGGCGGCCUCGGCUUGACGCUCAUUGCCGGCUUCUUCUGCACCCUGGCGCCCUCAGUCCAGACCGUCCCCAGGACAAGCUACCCAAAAUCCAGGCCGGAGAAUGGGACUGUCUGCUAGAGCUCCACGGAUGUGGCCAAUUCAGAGGGGGGACCAGGCCAGGGGUCUUGCUCAUGUGGUGCCUGGCUUGAUGGACCUUUGAUGGCACAAGCUGGAAGUUAUUCAACAGCAAACCCUGAGCAGUGUAUAAUUCUUGACUUAUAUGUUAGUCUUAAUUCUCUGAAUGAAGAAGAACACAAUGUAUAUGCUGUAUCUAUACUGUUCUAUUCAAUGGAAAUGGUCAACACUCCCACAUCUUGGUUGUGCCGAUGAAUAGAUUUGAUUAGUCAAGUUUAUCAUGGUGGAUAUACCCCCCGAUGUAGUAUACAGACACCUCCUCCAUUAAAGCCCAGAACUUUGUGUGUCGGAUGUAUUUUCACAUUCACUUUCAUACCAACAUGUGUGCGUGUGUGGGCGUGCGUGUGCGUGUAUUUUAUGAUCAGUGUAACUCGUGAAACUGUAAUUUUAUUUUCUUCCCUGCAGAAAUAAACUGUACUGGAACCUGAGUCUGGACAGGGGCUGAAUUAGGCCUUGAUAAUGUGUGACGAUCUUCAUUUUUUUUUAAAAUUAAAGUUCAACCCCAUCAUCAAAUGGCUUUGAGAUGGUUAUUGUAAUCUACUGCUCAUUCAGACCAGGGCUUUGAAAUAACAUUGCCUUGUUCUGUGUCCUUUAACACUGUCUCAGGUCAAAGAUGAACAAUUAUUAGGUCCUACGCCACCAGGUUCUGGACCAUCUAUUACCUUCAACCAGCAGGCCCCUGAACCAGGAUGGAUAACUUCACUCAUCCCAACACUGAGCUGAUUCCAUAAUCUAUGGACUCACAUUCAAGGGCUCUGCAACUCAAAUUCUCAACAUGGUUUAUUACUUAUUUAUUCAUUAUUAUUUGUUUUUGUUUUGUAUUUGCAUGGUUUGUUUCCUUGUGCACAUUGGUUGUUUACCUGUCCUUGCUUGUGUGUAGCUUUUCAUUGAUUCUAUUGUAUUUCUUUGUAUCUACUGUGAAUGCCUGCAAGAAAAUGAAUUUCAGUGUUGUAUAUGGUGACAUAUACAUACUUUGAUAAUAAAUUUAUUUUGAAUUCAUUGAGAGCCAAUAGCCACUUACAGAGAGUUUUAAAUUACUCCUUCUUUUGUUUCUGCGGUCACUCUUAUGGUCACGUUUGAAAGAUCUACCACCAGCUUUGAAACGGUACUUUCCAGCAACAGCAAGUGAGGCCAUUUGGUCUCCAGAGCCCAUGCUGACCAUCAACACCAUUUAAACUA